AUGUUUGAAAAAUUAAUAUCGUUUUUCAAAAAAUCUGGGAUUAAAAAAAAUAAUUCACUGGCACAAUUAACGCCGGAUGAAAAAUGUGAGCUGAAGAAAUUGCAAUCGGUCCCAAAUUUAAAGGAGUACGGAAAAAAGCAUUGUAAUUUUUAUACCUUUGUACCCAUAAGUUGUACGGGUACAAGUGACGGCUACGAUGAAGCGAUAAGCGACGAAGAAAAUGUCGUGGGCAAUAGGCUGCGUCAGAAAAUAAUAACCGACGGUCUGUGCAAAAUUUGUUUAGAGUCUCUGCAGAUGCGGAGAAUAUUUUCUUGUAUUACCUGCAAUAAAAUAGUGUGCGCUGAUUGUUUUAGUAAAUUGCGACAUUGUCCGUAUUGUCGCAAUCCAACUAUUUCAAAACGCGAAAGAAAUCUUGAACAGUUUGUUAAUUCUUUGGCGUUGCCAUGCAAGAAUUUUAGCAAUGGGUGUAAUAAACUUAUAAAAAGCAACAACCGCAGAAAUCACGAGUCAGCUUGCCGGUACAACGACUUGGAAUGUCCGAUUGGUCAUAAAUCAUGUAAAUGGAAUGGAAUAGCUACCGAAUUGUUGUCGCACUUAAAAGAGCAGCAUCUCAUUGCACCAACCAACGGCUAUGGUUUAACGAUAGUAAUAAAUGAUUUUUGGAAGAAAAUGUCAUUUAAAUCAGACAUUGAGCACAAAUUUUUGGAAUGCUAUCACCAAUUGUUUUACUUAAGAGUAACAUACCAAGGAGGCGUGCUAAGUACGUCCCUAAAAAAACUUAUUUUUCUAACAGACGUAUCAGAUUCAGUGAAAGAAACUUUGAAACAAUUCAACGUCCACGUGACAAUAAGAACAGAUAAUACUAAAAAAUAUGAGCAAGUUUACCUUAUAAAAGACAAAAGAAGCUCGAAAUUUUUCAUCGACUGCGGACGAUUGCUUGCCGAUGAUAUUUUUGAUUUUAUUAAAGUUGAAUUCAAAAUUUUGUUGACUGAUUAG